GCGCCCGCCAGGCAGCAGGCGGCGGGGCGGUGAGCAUAGGAGCCGACCAGAGCCCCACCGGGCGGGCCGUUUUGAUUGCAUGCUCCGGGACCCGGGUGGCCCGCCCACAAGCAGCCGCGGCGCGGUUCGGAGAUAUCCCGUUGUGGUCGUGGCGUCAGGCACCGGCCGGCGCGCGUAUUUCUCACUCCGUCCCUCGUGCGGGGCGUGGUCGUGUUGGUUCUCGCCCCAUCGUGGAGGCGGGCCUGUUGCUCGGGUCUGCGUAUUUUGAUCCAUUGCGCGCGGGCCCGCCAAUUUUCCGCCCGUUGCACGGCAGCCCCAGUGCGACUGCGCGAUACGGUCUGCCAAGAUCGUCAGAACGCGCGAUCAAUUUUCGUGUCUGUCACGAGUGAUACCUCCAGCCCUUUUCCACAGCCGCUGUUGGGCUUCUUCGAUGAGCCCGCCCCCGC